CUCGAUAGUGACGUCACACAUCACAUCAGCAGAUUCAGCACUCCAUCAUCUUUUUGUUAUCACUAAACGCCAAUUUCUCUCGCCAUUUUAUAGAUUAAGGUGUUCUCUCUGACUUCGGAGGAGAAAGAAAGAAAAAAAAUAUUCUUGUUUCAAACUUCAAUGGCGUUCUCGAGUUCCAUCUUCUCUGUUACUCAGUUUUCUUCUUCGUUAGCUUCGCGUCCUUCUUCUGCAAUCAGUAGGCAGACUCGUUUUCCCGCUCAAAUUGCUUCUCCAGAUCUAUCGCCUGCUUUGUUCGAUGAUCGCCGGAAGUUCGUCGGAGGUGUAAUGUCUCUCUUGACGAAGAGUAUUAAAAACCGUGUAUAUGCUUCGAUUAACAGCAUUGAUUCGGCCGCUACUCCAUCGUAUCCGAAAUCGGAAGACGAUGACGACGUUGUUCCAAUGCCAAUGGUUAUGAUAGACCAGGAUGCUGACCCUGAAGCUACUAUUGUACAACUCAGUUUUGGAAAUCGUCUUGGGGCUCUUAUUGACACAAUGCGGGCGCUGAAAGAUUUGGGAUUGGAUGUAAUAAAAGGAACUGUCUCAACUGAAGGAUCCAUUAAGCAGACCAAAUUUUCUAUAACGAAACGAGACACUGGCCGGAAAGUGGAAGAUCCUGACUUGUUGGAACAAAUCCGAUUAACAAUCAUCAACAAUCUCUUGAAAUACCAUCCGGAAUGCAGUGAGCAACUUGCAAUGGGUGAGACUUUUGGAAUAAAGGCUCCCGAAAAGAAGAUUGAUGUCGAUAUCGCAACUCAUAUACAUGUGAAAGAAGAUGGACCAAAGAGGAGCCUGCUUGUCAUAGAGACAGCGGACAGGCCAGGUCUUGUCGUAGAGAUGAUCAAAGUGAUGGCUGAUGUCAACAUAGACGUGGAAUCCGCAGAGAUAGAUACAGAGGGACUGGUUGCGAAAGACAAGUUUCACGUAAGCUACCAAGGGCAAGCUCUAAACAGAUCUUUGUCACAGGUUUUGGUGAACUGUCUGCGUUACUUCCUGAGAAGGCCUGAAACUGACAUUGACAGCUACUAAAUGAGCUUUUGUUUGCUCUAAAACAAAACUGCUCUUUAUCCUUUAAAGCAAUCAUAUCUGUGCUUGCGAAACUUUCAGACUUCUGUAUGGAAGAUUAUGUGGAAAUUCGUGAUACUAUAAUUGAACCACUGUGGCUAAAAAAUAAAUGGGUUCUUGACACUUGAUUUGGGUGCGUUUAGAAAAUUCGUAGAAGACUCAAUUUUUACAAAUCUGAAACCUCCCUUACCUUAAUUAGUCUGUGGUUAACCUGAAAACUGGACGCAAAAUUUGGUGGUUUUUCGAAGCGGUCUAAUUUAUUAGAAAGAAGUAUAGGACACGGGCAAGCAUGCGGACUUAUCUAUUCACCGUAACACACCUAAUAACAGCUUAAUGCAAAACAAAGUUGUGGAUUAGACUUAUUAAUCUCCUUAAGUGGCAUGAGUGUAUUUGUUCAUCUCCUUAAUAUAUAACUAUUAAUAUCAUAUAUUCUAAAUUUGGGAUCCAACAUGCUUUUUCGUGAUAACGACUCUUAAUAAUCGCUCUAUCUCAAACCGCAUUUUACCCUCGAACCAACAAUGAAUCCUACUUGGACUGUUUUUUUGAUCAUUUAAAAUUAUGAACUUUCAAUCAAACUAAUUAACGAGUGAACUUUUCGACGUGGGAUCCAUCAUAAUUAUUCGGCAAUACUCUUGCAUAUGUUUUUUUUAAUUGUUUUGGUGACUGAUUCUAGUUUUCUUUUCCCAAAGGUCACUUUACUUUUGUCGUCCCAAAUGUCAAUAAUAUAAUAAAAGGAGAAAAAAACACUUCGCUGAAGUUUAUUUUA